CUUUGAUUUUAGUUGGUAUCAGUUGAAUAGGUUCACUUUGGAGGCUGUUGGACAUUUCGGAAGCUGUUAGAAUUGGGAAUUAUCGAUUGAAUUUCAUUCGUUUCAUUCGCUUCUUAUUAAAUUUUUACUUCUUUUCAUUUCUUAACCAUGGGACUUUUGUCUUUAGGUACUCCAUUGGACUGGCAUGAAGCUAAGCAAUAUAACGAACAUGUUAGAGAUAAUGGGAUUACUCAACUUAUAAACAUUUUCAAACAACACUCCAAAACAAGAUUAAAUGAUAAAUUUUACUGGGGGGAUGAAGUUGAAUAUAUGUUGGUGGAUAUUAAUGAUGAUUCUAAAACUGCUAGGUUAUCUAUUGAUAAAGAUUACAUAUUAGAUGAUUUAAAUGAUCCAGAAAAACCAGAAUCUUAUAAUAAAGCUAUUGAAAAUGAUGUUUCUUUCCAUCCAGAAUAUGGUAGAUUCAUGAUUGAAGCAACGCCUUUAAAACCUUAUAAUGGAGAUUUUAUAUGUGAUUAUAUUUAUGUUGAAAAAAAUAUGAUCAAAAGAAGAAAAAUUAGUGAAUCUGAAUUACCAAGUAAUAUUAAACCACUCACUUUAACUUCCUUUCCAAGAAUGGGAUGUGAAAUCUUUACUUCACCAAAUGCAAAACCAAUUGGUCCAGCAUCUCAGUCAUUGUUUUUACCAGAUGAAAUUAUUAAUAGACACGCUAGAUUUCCAACUUUAACCGCAAAUAUUAGAAAAAGAAGAGGUCAUAAAGUUGCCAUUAACUUACCCAUUUAUCCUGACGUAAAUACGAAAUUAUUAGAUGAUUCAAUUCCUAAAAAUCGUGAUUAUUUUAAUAGUGAUUUGGAACCUUGGAUUGGUGCAUCAAAACCGGGUUUUGUUUAUAUGGACUCAAUGGGAUUUGGUAUGGGUUCAUCAUGUUUACAAAUUACGGUUCAAGCCAAAGAUAUUAGUCAAGCAAGAUAUUUAUAUGAUAGUUUGGCUCCAUUAACCCCCAUCAUGUUAUCAUUAUCUGCAGCAGCCCCAAUUUUCAAAGGUUUCUUAGUAGAUCAAGAUGUUAGAUGGAAUGUUAUUAGUGGAGCAGUUGAUGAUCGUACAUUUAUUGAACGAGAUGAAGAGCCAUAUCCAGGAUAUGAUUUUUUUGGUGGAUUAGACGUUGAAGAAGAAGUUAAGGAUCAUAUGAAUAAUUUGGGAGGUGGUAAAGGAAUUAAUGGAGAUCGAAUCAUCAAUGAAUUCGGUGAUACCAAUUUAAAAAUUAAUAAACUGACUAAACCAAUACAAAAAAUUCCCAAAUCAAGAUAUGAAUCAAUUGAUAAUUAUUUAAGUGAUGAACAUUAUAAAUUUAAUGAUAAAAAAUCAUAUUUUAAUGAAAUUUAUAAUGAUAUUUAUUCGCCUAUCAAUGAAAAAAUUUAUAAUCGAUUAAUUGAAUCAAAAUUAUUUGAUCCAAUAUUAGCAAAACAUUUUGCUCAUUUAUUCAUUCGAGAUCCAUUAGUCAUAUUCAAUGAAAGAAUAAAUCAAGAUAAUGAAUUAUCAAAUGAUCAUUUUGAAAAUAUUCAAAGUACCAAUUGGCAAACUUUGAGAUUUAAACCACCAGCAUUAUAUCCAGAUGGAGAAAAUUUAAGCGAAAAACCUGGAUGGAGAGUUGAAUUUAGACCAAUGGAAAUUCAAUUAACUGAUUUUGAAAAUGCAGCAUAUUCAAAUUUUAUAACUUUGGUUUCAAAAGCUAUAUUGAAGUAUAACCCAAAUUACUAUAUUCCAAUUAGUAAAAUUGAUAAUAACAUGAAGAUUGCUCAUAAAGUUGAUUCGGUUUUAAAGGAUAAAUUUUGGUUUAAAAAUCCUAAAUUAUGGAAUUUGAAAAACUCUGAUUUCAUUGGUUAUGAUCUUACUUGGUUUGACAGAUUCAUUAACCAAGGCAAUGAUGAAUUAAUCAACGAUAAGGUUUAUCUUAAUGGAUAUUUUGAAGAUCCUCUGAAUAUUGAAGUUGAAGAAGAAACUCCGGAUGUCGGUAAUUCGGAUGAAAAUGAAUCAAAAUUAACCGUUAAUGAAAUAAUCAAUGGUAAUAACAUAUUCCCUGGUUUGAUCAAGAUGAUCAUCAAGUUGAUCGCCACCGAUUUGAUCCCGGAUACUCUAAAGGAUAAUAACCAUUGUAAUCUGAAUGAAUUAGCUGGUGAUUUAUUGACUUUGCAACAGUACUUAAAAUUAAUCAGUUACAGAGCAAGUGGUAAAAUCCCAACCAUUGCAAACUGGUUAAGGAAUCAAGUAUUGCAAAGCCCCUUAUAUAAUCAAGACUCAAAAGUUUCCGAUGAACUAAACUACGAGUUGAUUAAGAAAUCCCAAAUCAUUUCCGACUUGGAUUUUAACCAUCCCGAGUUAUUAGAAAGUUAUUUUGGUAAGUCAUUAGCCUCUUUUUUGAAGUCAAGACAAGCCCCAACCAUUAACGGAAUCUCCAACGGCCAUUAAUCGCGUUUGUCACAACUUAUAAGUUUAUAGAAUUUAUUUAUUAAUAGUCAGAG